AUGGUGAGGAGACGUCCGUGUGGCGUCAGGCCAUUCGACGGUCCGACUGACCUCGUUUGGCGUAAGGGCGACGUCGCCUAGCGCUACCUGUACGAAUUAGUGGACAUCGGGGGUCGGCUGGACCAAAUUUUCGCGGUAGAAAUGCUCAUUUUUUUAGAUAGGAAAUAAAGAUAAAAAGAAUAAAAAAAUCAAUUCAUCAUAGUUGUGUUGUGUUUGGGAAUUAUUAUGCUUCUUCAUUUCAAAUUUUUUUCAAGUCAUCGAAGUUGUAAUUUUUUUGAAAAAAAUAAUACGAAUACAACAAAUUAAAAUUUAAAAAAAGGAAGAAUUUUUUUGAAUCAAUUGAUUUUUUUCUAAUUUUUUUGUGGUUUUUCUGAGAAAGUUAAAACUUUAUUUUUUUCAUUCUUUUUUUUGUUGAUCCUGCUCUCAAUCCAAUUUGUGCUAGGGGAACUUCCCGUUUUCAAAAGAUUUCAAAGUUAUGAAAAAGUUUCUUAUAAAUUUUCUAAAAAGUUACCGUCUUUCAAAACAAAAAAAUUCGAAAGCUCAAAAUCAAAAAGAAAAAAAUCAUGGUACCUUUUUUUCAAUUAAAAAAAUUUUUCUGCUCAAUUCAUCUUACCGUUUCAAGUUUUCUUAUUACAUAGGCAAAGUCGGAAAAGACGGAAAAAAGCUCCAUAGAAAUGCUUCUUUCAGGGUCACAAAAAUUUCUUUUUUUGCGGCAUUGUAGCGCCGUUUCAUCGGCUUUUAUGCGCCAGUUUUGCUGCCUCUCCCUUUUUUUUAACUUUUUGAGCUUUCAAAGUUCUGGAAAAAAGAGAAGACUCGAUAAUGGGACUUUUUUUUGCUGUCUUUCGGCAACUUUUUUUUGUGCAUCUCCUUUUUGACGACCAUUAUCCACAGUUCCGACUUUGCCCGAGUAAUUGCUUUCACUCUUCCUACCAUCACAUAAGAAUUUUGAGAAGCGUUAGAAUUUUUGAUUAAAAAAAAAAAUCGAAUAUUCUGCUGUAUCAGCGCUGAAGCGGAAGCAAAAAAAAAAUAACCAAAAAUUUCCACAUCCAAAUGCUUACAGGAUGACCGCGGGGAGCUCUUAAGGGAGUGGAUUGAUGAACCAUGCGAUUUCGAAUAUUUUUCGAGUCAAACUGACGGAUACAAUAUUGCUGAACUCCGCAAAAUUGCCCAGAUGACGAGCGUCGAAGCAAGUCUUAGAGGUGAUAUUUUUGAAAUAAAUAAUCAUUUUAUCGAAAAAUCUUCAGGAUCAAAACAAAUCUCAAAGGCUGACGUGAAAAACGCCUUGGAAGCGUUUGUGACAAAUAAAAUGGGUGACGAGGAGAAAGUCGAUGAAAUGUUAGUUAUUAUGAACAAAGAGCGUUUUGGAAGAAUGCUGCUUACAGUUUGCCAUCUUUGGAUGACGUUGGGGGAAUGAACGCGCAAAAACAACAGUUGGAACAGAUAAUAGUAUGGCCGAAAAAGGUGAAAAACACGUGUUCAACUUCACAAAAAAUCGUUUUUUUUUUCAGUACCCCAGUCUCUUCGAAGAGAUAGGAAUUCCACUAAGCAAAGGAAUUUUGUUGUAUGGUCCGAGCGGAUGUGGGAAGACACUUUUGGCCAAUGCUAUUAUUGGUUUCACGAAGUAUCAUACAAUUAAUGUGAAGGUGAGUAUAAACUGGUCAGGAACUUUUUCUCAGUGAUGAAGGCAUAAAAAUUGAUAAAAUUUGAAAAAUGCUGAAGUGAACUUUAGGACCCACAGAUUUAAAAAAAUAUUUUUCAUUAGAGGACUGAUUUUUAAGUUGGAACGCUUCACAAGCUUGAAAUAGCGCUUUUAUGUCGAGAUUUGAAUAUUUUACAAACUUUGAAGCUUCACAAAUCAAAGACGAGAUCUAUUGCGAAAUUUUUUUUUUCUGCAAUUAGGAGGCCCAGAAAUGCACUUCAGCAAAAUUUCCUCAAAAGUUCACGUUCCCUAGUUAGUGAAACUUCAGCAAAUAAACUUUGAUACCAUUUUUGUCUCAUUUUGCUUGGUAAGUCGGAAAAACCAUUUUCAAAGAACUGACUAACAAAAUGAGAAAACUCAAAUUCGCUAAUUACCUGUAAUUUUUACAAACGACAAGAAGUGGAUUUACACAUAUAAAAAAAUAAAAAAACACAUAAAGAAAAAUCAAUUUUUCACUCAAGCCUUCAAGGAUAAAAAAAUUUCAACUUUUCAACACUCUGCCAUACUUCACUGUUUCACUUUAAUUUGCAAUUCUCACUUUUCCAAAUGAUUCUGGUAUUUAAAAAACUCAACAGGAGUUUCCAAAAAAGUUCUGUAAUUGAUUACUUCACAGGGUCCCGAGCUUCUCUCAAAAUACAUUGGAGCAAGUGAAGAAAAUGUGAGAGCCGUUUUCGAGAAGUGAGAUAAUAUUUCCAAAUAAAAAAAUUGCAAUAUUCUUUUAGGGCCAAAUCCUGCGCUCCUUGUAUUCUUUUUCUUCGAUGAAUUAGACUCUCUGGCCCCGAAACGAGGAAGUGAUUCUACUGGAGUCACUGACCGGGUCGUAAAUCAGUUCUUGACGGAACUCGAUGGAGCUGAAGGCAAUAUGAAAGGUUUUUUUCAAAUAUAUAGAGGAAAAUGGAAAAUAAAAAUCGGCCAGUUUUUGUUUUUACUGUGCAGCCGAGACAUUCGUAAGACUGUUUUUCACUGAUUAAAUCGCAAAAAGUUGUCAACAAAAGUACACAGGAGUCAUCGUCCUCGGUUGCACAAGCCGUAUCGAUUUGAUCGAUCAAGCUCUUCUCCGUCCUGGAAGAUUCGACCAUCACAUUGAGUGCAGCUACCCGAGCAAGGUUGUUUUACUGUUUCGAAGUUGAAAUAGUCCGUUGAUUCCAGGAAGAUCGUCUUAGUAUCUUGAAAGUGCUUACAAGUAGAAUCAAAAUAUCCGACGACGUUGAUUUCAAUGGAAUCGCUAACCAUACAGAAGGCUGGUCCGGGGCUGAUCUUCAACAUCUUCUGACCAACGCUCAGUUUUUGGUGUCCAGGAACAAAAAACUUGGUGGGGAAUUAUUUGAAUUUUAUGAAAAUUACUUCCAGGAGAAGAUUUUGCUGAAGUCGAUAUGGAAUCAAUAAAAGCCGUCUUUGUCGAAUCCCAGCCGAAGCGAAAAACGGCUCAGAUUGACCGAAUUGGCGGAAAAGUGACCCUUGCAUGA